AAAGAACUUAGACCGGAAGUUAAAAUAUAACAGUGAAAUACCAACAUUGCAAUAAUUAGUUUUUGCAAGAUGUGACAAAUGUAAGGUGAACCAUCCUCAAGAAACCGAAUGCCUGUGGUUUAUACUUGUCUUUUGCAAUGGCGGAUAUCCAUACACUUCUCAUGGGGACUUCAACCCGACCGGAGGAGAAAUUUGCCCUACCUCUGCUAGCCUGUGUUGUUGUUAUUGCUGUACCGUUAACAUUAGCUCAGUUAGCUAGCAGCGUAAGCAGUGUCAGCUAGUCUGGCUAGCCCACAGCGUUUGUUUAGCUACCCUUAACCAAGAGACAAUAUUCGCGCAAGCGACUCGUACAAAGUGCUGAAAUGCUGACAGGCGUCAGGUUGAUUAGUGUACUGUGCUGUUAACCAUCGCGCUAUGAUGGGUUAAGUUGUUGUGUUAGUAAGCCCGGUUACUUUGCAAGUGAAAAGACGAAUGAGGUAACUAUAUUGGACGGGACACAUCGAUAAAUAUAUAGUUGGCUGGGGAUAGCUAAGGCUAACCACCCUGCUGUGUACACCUGGUUGGGGCGAAUGCCUUGAGGGUCAUCCAGUGAGUCAAUGCUUCUGAGUUGCGGUCGAUGGUUCGGGGGUUAACGCCUGAAACUGGAAAAUGGCUCUUCAGUUUGCGCAUACAGCAUUUUUUUGGACGCUGUACUGGUGAUUUUGUAUUUUUUACGUUCUAAAGAGAAAUCAUGUCUAGUAAAACUGCAACCAAGGACAAGAAGUCGAGCUUCGGCAAGAAGCUCUUCAGGCGGGGCUCGGUGCGUUCUGUGGGCAGCUUUAUGAGCAGAGUUCUGAGGACUCUUUCCACACUGUCCCACUUUGUGUCUGAGGUGCCAACAGAAGACGACAAGGAUGAUGGAGGCUUUACUUCAUUCAAAACUGGGAGUAAAGAUCUGCAUGUGGAUGACUGUGACAUCGGCGCAUUCCUAUCCGGAGACAAGGUUCCCGGAGUGUCAGGUCUCAAGAACCAUGGUAACACUUGCUUCAUGAAUGCGGUUCUGCAGUGCUUGAGCAACACCGAACUGUUUGCUGAAUAUCUGGGUUUGGAGCAGUACAAGGACGAUGAGUCGAACGAGGAGAGACCUAUGACAAACGGAGUGCACUUAGAGAGGAAAGCCCCAGGGAACAGAGGAGAAGUGACAGAACAACUUUCUGGACUCGUUCGGGCCCUGUGGACGUUUGAAUACACCCCUCAGCACAGCAGGGAAUUCAAAAAUGCCGUGUCCAAAAGUGCAUUACAAUACAGAGGGAAUUCUCAGCAUGAUGCUCAGGAGUUUCUGCUGUGGUUGUUGGACAGAGUUCAUGAAGACCUUAACGCAGUCAAUCCUGACAGUGGACCUGCUAUCAGGCCGCCGAUUGAAGAAGACGAGGAAAGCGUGGAAGGCCCCUCACCCCCCCUGUCUGCAGGGUCCUUUGUGCAAGAGCUCUUCCAGGCUCAGUACAGGUCCUCCCUUACCUGCCCCCAUUGCCAGAAGCAGAGCAACACAUUCGACCCGUUCCUCUGUAUCUCCCUACCCAUCCCUCUACCACACACCAGACCGCUGUAUGUGACGGUGGUCUACCAGGGGAAGUACUCCCACUGCAUGCGGAUUGGCGUGGCCGUCCCCCUCGACAGCACCGUGUACCGGCUCCGGGACGCAGUGUCACGGGAGACCAAGAUCCCCAUGGACCAGUUCGUCUUGACAGAAAUGUACUACGACGGCUUUCACCGCUCCUUCUGCGACGACGAUGACGACCUCGACAUCAUUCAAGAGAGCGACUCCAUCUUUGCUUUUGAGACACCCGAGACCUUCAGGCUGGAGAACAUUCGCACUAAGAGAGGGAGUCUACUGGCCAAUCUGAACCAGAACAACCUGAAGUACGGCGCGGAGAUGGGCAGGACCCCGUCGUUCAUGCAGGGCGCCAUGACCCCUCUGGGUGCGUCGCCCAAUAAGAACCUGGGCCCGGAGAAGGUCAUCCUCCUGGUGUGCAACAGGGCCUGCAGCGGGCACCAAGGGAGAAGGUUUGGUCUCCCAUUUGUUUUGUACAUGGAGCGCACGGUGACCUGGGACACAUUGCAGAAGGAGAUUCUGGAGAAGAUGCGUCAUCUGUUAAGACCCGGGGUGUACAUCCAGGUGGGGCCGUUCAGUCUGCGAGUGGUGGGCGUGGUCGGAAUCACCUACCUCCUUCCCCAAGACGACCAGCCACUGUGCCAUCCCACCGUUGAAAGAGCGUACAAGUCCUGUGGACAAGGGGGUCCCCCGCAUGUCAAGAUCGUGGUCGAGUGGGACAAAGAAACCAAGGAUUAUCUGUUUGGCCACACGGGGGAGGAGUACAUUCCCGACGCAGAGAGCGUCUACCUGCACAGGGAGCAGCACCAUCAGCCCCAGGCCUGCACACUGGCCCAGUGCUUCCAGCUCUACACCCAGGAGGAGCAGCUGGCCCCAGACGACGCCUGGCGCUGCCCCCACUGCAAGCAGCUGCAGCAAGGCCGCAUCAAGCUCAGCCUCUGGACCCUGCCGGACGUGCUCAUACUGCACCUGAAGAGGUUCCGCCAGGAGGGCGACCGCAGGGUGAAAAUGCAGAACAUGGUGAGGUUCCCCCUGCUGGGCAUGGACAUGGCGCCCCAUGUGGUCAAGAGAAGCCAGAGCAGCUGGAGCCUGCCGUCCCACUGGUCGCCGUGGAGACGGCCCUACGGCCUGGGACGCAACCCCGACGACUACCUGUACGACCUCUACGCCGUGUGCAAUCAUCACGGCAACAUGCACGGCGGCCACUACACAGCUCACUGUAAGAACUCCAUCGACGGCCAGUGGUACUGCUUCGACGACAGCGAGGUCCAGCCAAUGGCGGACGACGACGUGUGUCACCAGUCGGCCUACAUCCUGUUCUACCAGCGGAGGACCACCAUCCCCUCCUGGUCGGCCAACAGCUCCGUCGCAGGUUCCACCAGCUCGUCCCUGUGUGACCACUGGGUUAACAGGCUGCCAGGCAGCCGGCCCGCAAGCCUGGCCUCCGGUGCCUCUUCCAGACGCACCUCCAUGGCCUCGCUGGCCGAGUCUGUGGAGUUCUCCGCCGAGCGCUGCGACGACGACGGGGGGUUCUCCACCCGGCCGUUCGUGAGGAGCAUCCAGCGACAGAGCCUGUCGUCGCGGUCCUCCGUCACCAGCCCGCUGGCCUUCGGCGAGGCGGGGAUGAAGCCCUCCUGGUCCCUGUCGGCCAAGCUCCAGAUGAGGUCCAACUCCCCGUCCCGCUUCUCCCUGGACUCGCGCUGCUCUCCGCCCCUGGAGCGGAUCGGGGAGGCCGGCGACGACAAGGUGUCCACUUCCUGUUUCGGCAGCCACAGCAGACACGAGCGCUACUUUGGCAGUCGGGCGCCGCUGGCCGUGAUGGAGAGCAACGCCGGCGACCAGGAGAGCAACAACCGCUUCCUGGAUAUGGUCUACACCAAGGCUCCGCCCCCCCUGGAUAAGAAAGGCACAAAGGGGGACGCCACCGAAAACAACAACCAGAUCACGGCUCAAGACCAGAACGCCCUGACGCCCCAGACAGCCCCGGUGAAGGAGCCCAAGCGCAAGAGCAGUAUUAUCGGGUUCGGCUCGCGGGGGGAGAGCACCACGUCCACCAAGGCUCCCAACAAGGCGGAGCAAGAGAAGAACUCCAAAAAGCGCCUCUGUUCCCCUCCGACCCAAAAAGCCCAGACGUCUUCCGGCACUCCGGUCAAGGGCUCAAAGGUCAUCAACAACAACAACUCCAUCACCAGGGAAACCAAGAGUGUCAGUGCCAAGAAAGUCACCCUCACCCCCAGUGGCACUCCUUCCAAGAAGAAGGAGCCGUCCCACCCGCCGCCGGCUCUAGAAGGGACCCCGCUGCGUAAGCAGUGCCUGGGCUGCUCCACGCCGCAGUCGUCGGCGUCCCCGUCGCCCACCGCCAAGAAGACCUUCUCGGGCCUGGAGAGGACCUUCUCGGGCCUGGAGAGGAGCGCGGCGGGCGGCAGGAAAAGACUGAUAGAGCGGAGCUUCAGCCGGGACUCGGUGCACACCAGCCCGCUGGCCGACCCCGCCCGCGGCGGCUCGGUGGCCCGCUCCGCCCUGGCGAAGAGCGGCGGCCUGGAGGUCAGAGUGGAGCGCAAGUCGUUCCGGUGCUCCAGCAGCAGCUCGUCCAUCACCAGCCUGCGCUCGCCCAGCGUGUCGUCCCGGGACCUGCGACGCGGCAGCAAGUCGGAGGACAAGGGCCUGUCCUUCCUGAAGAGCGCCCUCCGCCAGAGGGAGAGCCGCCGGUCGGCCGACCUGGGCAAGAGCAACCUGGUGGCCAAGAAGGAGGCGGAGCGGGCCGGCGGGCGGCCGUCUGAGCCCGCCAAAGAUGGCGGCAGCGCCGCCAGCAGCGGGGAGAGGCUGGACAGCAGCAACUCCUCCAGAGAGACCAGCGAACGCGAGGCCAAGCCCCGCGGGAAGGAGGCGUCCAGGCCCACCAGCGCUUUCGGGAGGACCCUGUUGAGCGUGGGGAAGUCCCGGUCUUCCCUCACGGAAACGAGCCCGAAGCUUCCGUCGAACGCUAAAAGACCUGUGGAGAAGGUAGCGUCUUCCAGGAGGCUGUCGUCCAGCGUGCAGUCUCCGGCGCGGACGAGGCCCAAGUAGUCUGUGAGUCGUAGCUGUUUUUUUGGGGGGGGAUGCAGGUUUUACUUUGUGCCUAUGUUGCAGGGAGCGCCGGCUGUAUUUGGAGAGGAUCACUUUUUUUGAUGCGGUGUUUUGUACGCGGGCAUUACAGUCAUCGAAUGGCUCAGAUCUGAGUCUCAGCGGCCAUAAAAAAAUUAUCCAUAUUGGAUGCAAAGGAAUGAUAGACGUAUAAUACUAUACUUCCAGAAAUUACCCCUCAUAUUUUAGGGUCACUUUUGACUAUUGUCAAUUUAAUUUGUCCUUUUUAGUGUUUUGUAAAAAUACUAAUCAAAAAAGUUGGGAUUUUAAGGCGGGGGGCAUUUUUUAGUUACGCUUAUUUUGAUGUUGCUUGGACAACAUUUUGGUCUUGGACGACAUGCAUGUUCGCCGUGCCUCCGUUUUGAGGAUACGCAUAUUGUUUGUAGUUCAGUUACAAGCAAGCUAAGUUAAUACUAGAAUACUGCAAAAUGUCUUACUGGAUCCAUCUAUGCAAACUCUAAAUCAAGUAAAACUAAAAAUACACUUUCUAACCUUUUAUGCUUAAUGCCCUGCCACAGGUAAAAAAAACAUCCGUAGUGGUUUAAUUGGCGACUGUGGCAUGUAAGGGACAUUGCACUUGUGCGAUGUGUCUUUAGUACUUGUGUAGCCAAAACUAAAACUGUUGCAUUUUGCCUGACCGAUACGAUUAUAAGAUUAUCUCUGACAUGGCCCGCUGUUAUCUUUUCAAAGUCAAAUGUCCUUCUCUGUACAAACAAAACAUCAAAAAAGGUCUCUGCGCAAAUAUGGGAGCUCAGUUUAUUUGUAGAUAAGAUAGACAAACGUAUGAAAGAGUUGCAUUCAAAACAUGGGUCGAUUUAGCAUUUCUCAAAAGUAUAGUUUUUUACCAUGGGUGUCAAUCCUGUCAGACAGUUUUUGGAACAUCACUUCUGACUAGAUCACUUGUUUAUUAAUGGUGUCUUCCUCUCUUAAUAAUUUACGACAUAUUGACAGAUAGUUAUUUUGACACACUUUAAAUGAAAUGUUAUUUUUUAAUGAUCAAGCUCUGUUUUUACUUUGGAUUUACACUUUUGAACCCAAAAGUUCGCUCUCUGAAGGCAAUAUAUCAUAAAUUAUAUAUCUAUAUAUAUCUAUUAGAAGAAUGACCGUUAAAGCGCCUUUCGAAGCAGUCAUGGAUCCCAUAUUAAGCUACUACUCUCUUGAGAAUUAAUGUUCCAUCAUAGCUAUUUGUAUACAAGCAGUUUCCUUUCCCUUCUGUUACGGUGCAUUACGCAAACCUAAGAACUGAAUACUAUUUUUUACCCUGUAAAUCAUUUUAGAGUUGAUCUCAGCGGUGUGACAGCCAUUGGGUUUUGAGUGGAUGUAUGAGUACCUUUCUAAGAUCAUUCGAUCUCGGGGGAAACUAUUAAGAAAUCAUUUACUCCUACAAGGUGCUGAAAACAAAAAAACGACCAGUGCUUCCAAGUCAUAACACUCUCCUUAUCUUAAAUACCGAUGUGUUUAGAACUGUGACCAAACUGGCAAUCUAUAAAGUACAUUGUCGUGUUUUAUCGUCACCUGUGGUACCUAUUCCGAGUAGAUAAUGUUAUUUAUUUUCGUUAAGCCAAAGCAAAGGUGUGCUAAAAGUUGUCGAACACUUCAUUCGUAUUGUUGAAACCCUUUUAGCGGCCAUAAUUAUGGCCUUUUAGCGGCCAUAAUUAAAACGUGGAAGUUAUGUAGAAUCACUUCUAUAUACACCUUUAAACACCAUUUUGUUUUGCCACUGUUAAGAUUAUCCUUACUGCCGUUGUCGGCACAUUUGCAGCUCUGCCUAUAGUCUUCCAUAGAAUAUUUAUUAAUAAGACUCAUACAUUGAUUCCCCAAAGCCUUGACUGAAAGUGCAAUAAUUAAGGGCAAUAUGGUCGUCUUAUUCACAGGUAUGCAUAUUACUGGUAGCAAAGUGCAAGGUUUUCUUCUUACUAGUGUGGCCAAUGCAUUGGCAAAAAUAAGCAAAGCCCUGUCUUCCAUUAACAUUCUCGGUGCAAGCAAUGUUUGCGUAGUAACAGAAAACCUGAAGUGUGGGUUUCAGAGUAGACAAAAUACAAUUUGAAAGACGUUCUCUACUGCAAGGCGCUAGACUAGAGUGACAGUCGCUCCAGCCCUGCUAGAUGUAGUCAUCCAACAGCAUUAGUGGGACAUUGCAGAGACUGUGUUUGAGAUACAUAACCUAUCAUUAGUCCUCUGCUUUUGCUUUGGUGUGUGUUACAGAUGUCUGCCGUUGGAAAGAUAUUUUGUCUAGUUGGAGAAAGCGGGUCUUUUUUUACUUUUGCUCAUUUUUGCUAAAUUGUUAAACGUAUUAACAAUAUAUAGUUCCAGACAGUUCCUCUGAAAUGGCCUCAAGUGUGUGUGUGUGUGUGUGUGUGUGUGUGUGUGUGUGUGUGUGUGUGUGUGUGUGUGUGUGUGUGUGUGUGUGUGUGUGUGUGUGUGUGUGUGUGUGUGUGUGUGUGUGUGUGUGUGUGUGUGUGUGUGUAAUAUCCAAUAUUAAGCCUUAGAUUUGCUUCUUACUCAGUUGUAGACUGAAGUCUAUACAAGUUGCUCUUUGCAAAUACUAGUAGGUAAAAAAAAAGCUAUCAUGUUUUGGAGGUAAGGUAGACUUCAGUGACAUUUUAAAGAUACAUUGUAUAACUUCGAUCUACAUAUACGCCCAUAUGUUCCUAUGUCACGAUCCAGGUAAUUUAUUGAUGGUGACGCCGUAUCAUUUCUACCUCAUCCUGUACUGUGCAGUAAAUAUGGUGAUACAUGUACCUUUUCAAGUCGGGGCUGUUCCAUUACUCCACAUCUGCCUGUAUGAAUAUAUGCAGGAAUGAAUGUGUGAGCCCCUGGAGGGAAAAGCAGAGUUUCAAAGUGAGCCAGAAGCCCUUCAGUAACCGUGGCCACAUCAUGCCAUGACCAGCGAAUAAGGCUUGGGUCAUUUUCUGCCUGCAAAUUAUUUGAUCUUAAUCUCUCUUUGACACGCCAAGAGGCCUCUGUGAGAUAAUAAGCAAUGUUCAAUUAUAUUGUCAUCGGGACAAAACAAAAAAAUGCAUAAAGUUUUUGUUCUGUUUUCAACGAAACUAACGAGAAUUGCAAGACAAUGGAUCAAAUAUUUGUAUAUGUUUACAGCCCCCCCCCCUCCCCUACCCAAUUCCAGUUGUUUUUGUUUACUCGUUUUCAUUCAGUUUACUUUCUCUUCUAAUGCUGGUAUCCUUGUUCCUUGUACAGGCUUUCAGUAGCUGGGUGUGGAAUGCUGUAGUGUGUGUAUAUGUGUGUGUGGGUGUAUGGGUCUGUGUGUAGGGGCACAGCCGUGUGUGUGUGUGUGUGUGUGUGUGUGUGUGUGUGUGUGUGUGUGUGUGUGUGUGUGUGUGUGUGUGUGUGUGUGUGUGUGUGUGUGUGUGUGUGUGUGUGUGUGUGUGUGUGUGUGUGUGUGUGCGUGGUCUCCUGAUGCUUGAUUCAUCAUUAACUAUGCAAUGAAGACGGCUGCUUUGUGGCCCAGAAACAGACCACGGCUGGUACAUUAGCGUUUGCUUUUUUUUUUUGCACAGCUCAUUUUAACCCCAGGAAUCGAAUGGGAUCGAAUGUGUUCCGUCUUCACUCUAUCUUUCUUGGUAUAUUAUAAUCAAGGAUUAUUUUUCAUCGUGAAAGGUGUUUUUCUGGGUUGUUUUUUUUAACACUAUUGCUGUUUUGUUUGUUAUGUAAGGUGGUACUCUGUUGUGCUGCCAGUCUGUCCACACCUAGAAUGAUGCGCUCCGCUGUUCUCAGAAAAGAGUCCCAGUCUUCCUCUCUCUUGCUCACACCAGCAGGGACGUCAGUAGCGAUCCCUCCCUUGGUAGAUGGUAGUCUAAUGUAGAACAGAAGAAGACGCAAAAAGAGCCAGUCUACCCAUUGAUUCUGUACUCUGCUGCUAAAAUGGUAACAUAUUGUCGUUCAUAACGACCCCCCCCCCCCCCCCCCCCUCCCAUACUGUUCGACUAUAAGGUAUCUUCUCAUUGUGUGUGUGUGUACUUUAUAUGUACUGAAAGUGGGCUUAUUUUGUUAAUGGGUCUAGCGAAAUGCGUGUGUAAAAAAUAAAUAAUGUAGAUCUUACAUUGAGCUGUAUCAUGUGCGCGACAAGGACGAACAUCCAUGUCAUUUCUCAGUAGACGUUCAGGGCAGGUUCAGAAACGUAGCAUCUGAACGAUAGUAGCACUCUGCAAAAAACCCUCAGUCUGUGAGACUGCUCCUUUACAGUGUAUGUCUGUGUGUAUAUACGCUUCCGAAGUCACUCGUGCAAAAACGUUUUUGUUGUUCAUGCUGUAGUACUGCAACACUAUCGUUACGUUAACACUAACUUUAAAGGGGUGAUUGAUUGAUUGUACGUGUGAGGCGUCAUCGUAGAUGGGUUUUUCAGGUCACACGUUCCGAAUUUUUUUUCCGAAUUUUCCAAACGCAAUAAAUUCAAUCGGGUGAUUCCCAAAAGCGUGCAGACGGCGGACAGAAACAACCGUUGUCUCAGCGGCACCGGUGUGCACUUAGCCAUGGACGUUAAUGUUGAGUAAUGACUCCACGCUUAGGACAAUUAACUUGUGCCGUCUGGGGUAAAGAUUAGGCGUUCAGGAGGCCCCCGUGCCAGGGAUGUGCGUUUUGAUUCAAUUCAGCAGCCUUAAGCAACUACCGUCUGUAUGUCCCCUGUAGGGUAAGACACAGGUGGUGCACAUUUGGAGAAAGGGUGCUAGAAUUUCUCUUUUUUUUUUACAGUGACAUGAAUGUCCUUUUCGGUCAACUGGAAAAAAAUGUAUCAUACUUGAAGCGUAUACACCGCAGCAUUAAUAAGAUGCUUUAAUCGCUUCGUUGUCUGUAUGGUCAGCAAUCCAUUCCCAGUAUUGAUUUAAAGGUGUUUUAUAGAUCAACAUAUAUUCCAUUGUCUGUGUUUAGGGGCCUGAUGGGUCUGAUUUAUACUGUACAUCUGUUACAUUAUGGUCUUUUCAUCUGCAUCAGCCUUUUUGUUUUGCAUUUUUACAUCAUCGUUUUUGUGCUUAUCUCUAAUUUUAAGUCAUCAAUGUUAUUUAUUUUUUUUAUGUUGAAAUGUGUAUGCACUUUUAAUGAUUUUCCUUUUUGGGGGGUUUUGUUUUAUCUUAAAUGAAUGCAUCUUUUUUAAGGGAAAGACAAUUUUGUUUUUCUCAUGUGAGAACAAAAUGAGAAAAUCUGAAUAAAAAAAUGUUAAACAUUGA